CCGGUAUUAGCGAUGGGCGCAUUUCCGGUGAGCAGUUUCCAUGGUGGCGGGCGAGUGACCUGUGUCUUUGUGGUAUAUCAAAACACUGGAACAUACUGCUUUAGAAAAGUUAUAAGUAGAAAAAGGCAGUGUUGGAUCGUGGAGGCGUAACUGAGCUCUGACCAGCAACCAAUCAGCAAGAACAAGUUAAUGGAAGGCAGCGGCAAGCAUAGCAGCCAUCGUCUGAGAAGACAGUUAGAGUGGUGAUCUUGAGGCUUUAGCUCUUCGAGGCUUCAUUCAGAGAAAGCAAAAAAAAAGAAAAGUUUGAGGUGACGAUGCAGACAGCGGGCCGGCACUCUAAGACAUUAUUGCAGGUCACACUGGCCGUAAUCAAACCUGAUGCUGUGGCACACCCACUCAUUCUACAGGCUGUCCAUCAGAAGAUUCUGGACAACGGCUUCAUCAUUGUGAUGCACAAAUACUUAAAAUGGAGUCAGGAAGAGUCCCAAAGGUUUUAUGCAGAACAUUCAGACAGAUUCUUCUAUCAGCGAGUGGUGGAAUUCAUGGCCAGUGGACCCAUGCGAGCGUACAUCCUGGCCCAGCAUGACGCAGUGACCCGCUGGCGGCAGCUGAUGGGGCCCACCCGGGUAUUCCGAGCCCGCUUCUCUGCACCAUACUCCAUCCGUGGCCACUUGGGGCUGACAGACACCAGAAACACCACACACGGCUCAGACUCUCCUGAAUCGGCUGCGAGAGAGAUCACCUUCUUCUUUCCAGAGUUCGAUCAGCGGCGUUGGUGGAGCACCGAGGAGCAGCUCUAUCGGCAAGGACACUACUACUACCACCCACUGCAACAGCAGCACCUCCUCCAGAACCCCCAGACUCCGCUGGCCGAGGGGCAGAUGCACUGACAAGAGGGGAGUGCAGGAGGGUCAGGGGGACUGAUGUGGGUGGGGUCAAGGGGGGUGGGAGCAGUCACCCAAGGCUAGGGUCAGAGUUGAGUGGCCGUGACCCCGGCUGAAGUCAAAAGUGAGAGUCACUGACCUUGACUGGAUCAGAGUACGGAGUCUGCGUACUGCCUGCUGUGUUUGUCUCUGGUCUGCGUACAAUACUGUGUCCAGCCCCUAAUGCCAGCACCUUGACCUGUGCAGUGCAGGGUCAGCAGAAAUGUUUUUUUCAAGAUACAGUGCACAAUAGGCCUCUGUGGCCCUUUGACAGGUGACUCCCAGCAACCCCGAUUUAACUUGAACCUACGAACAGUACAUCAUUGGACUGUGGGAAGCCCGGAGGAAACACGUGCUCAUGAGAAGAACGUACAAACUUGCUAGCAGAGGACACAGUGAUUGAACUCUGAGUCUCGAUACCCCAAACUGUAAUAGCAUUGUGCAAACCGGUACACUACCGUGGUGCCCAGAUACCUGCCAUGUGAACACCCUUAGGUCAGUUAAUCCCCCACCCCAAUGUGAACACCCAUUGGUGCAGCCAGAAGCCCCUGAGUAUCCCUGCUCCCUCCUGAGGACUGGACACUCUGCGAGACCGACCUACUCACUGUGAUUUUUUUCAUAAUGACUUCUGAUGUCAAAUAAAUUUUUGUCUUUUUUCACUAAA